GCUGAUUUGAGUUUACAGCCGACUUCAGCGCACUAUGCUCUGACAGGCUGACAGGUGAGUUGGGUGUUGGAGACUGUGGCUGGCUGGACUAUGUGGAAGGCAUCAUGGGGACGGGGGGUGGUGCUGCUGCUGCUGCUGGUGCCCCUCCUCCUGGUGGCAUGUGUUGGGACGUCGUCCAGUGACGAGACCGGGACCGGGAAGACGGCCCAGGAGACGGAGGACCAUAAGGGGGGCCCCCCCUCUCCCAAGGCCCAGGAGACGGAGGACCAUAAGGGGGGCCCCCACUCUCCCAAGGGCCACAUCACGAUGGUGGUGGUGGGUUGCACGGGGGACCUGGCUAAGAAGUACCUGUGGCAGGGCAUCUUCCACCAGUACCUGAGCAGCGUGGGCAAGGGCCACAGCUUCUCCUUCAUCGGCGGAGGCCUGUCGCCCGAGGACAAGGGCACGCCGCGCCUCUUCGACAUCCUGGCGGCCCAGACGUGCCCGCCGGAGGUGCCCGAGGCGCGCUGCACGCUGGUCAAGGCCCAGUUCCUGCGGCUGGUGCACUACCGGCAGCUGAGGAACGCAGAGCACUACCAGGCGCUGGGCCGCCACAUCUCCACGCAGCUGGAGGAGGAGGGCCUGGAGGAGGCCGGACGCCUCUUCUACCUCUCCGUACCGCCCACCGCCUACGCCGACAUCGCCGAGAACGUGAAACGAAGCUGCCGCCCACCGCCCCAGGGGCAGGGGCAGGGCCAGGGGCAGGGGCGGGGCGCCUGGCUCAGGGUGGUGCUGGAGAAGCCGUUCGGGCACGACCUGAGCAGUGCCCAGGAGAUGCUGACCCGCGUGGCCAAGUCGCUCAAGGAGGAGGAGGUGUACCGGAUAGACCACUACCUCGGAAAGCAGGUUGUGUCUCAGAUAUUGCCCUUCAGAAAACAGAACAGCAAAUUCCUCCAACCUAUCUGGAAUAAAAACCACAUUGACCGCGUGGACAUUGUGCUCAAGGAAACCCUGGAUGCAAAAGGUCGCAUCUCCUUCUACGACCAGUACGGCGUGAUCCGGGACGUGAUCCAGAACCACCUGACGGAGGUGCUGACGCUGCUGACCAUGAGCGUGCCCCGGAACCUGACGGACUGCUACGAAGUGGACCGCAACAAGCAGCGCGUCUUCGCCUCGCUCCACCGCCUGGAGAAGGGCAGCGCCGUGAUUGGACAGUACCAGGCCUACAACACCGAGGUGCAGAGCGAACUGAACAAGACCAAGGACCACUUCAGCUUCACGCCCACCUUCGCAGGUAUUGCCAUCCACACGUCGCUGCCCCAGUACGAGGGGGUGCCCAUGCUCCUGGUGUCCGGCAAGCGGCUGGACGAGCGUGUGGGCUACGCGCGCGUCGCCUUCAAGAACAACGUCUUCUGCGUGGAGGACCAGAGCAGCGUGAGCUGCAAGCCGCGGCAGAUCGUCUUCUACAUCGGGCACGGCCUGCUCCGCUACCCGGCCAUCCUGGUCAGCAAGAACCUCUUCAGGCCCGGCCUGGUCAGCAGCGCCUGGAAGGAGGUGGAGGAGGAGAACGGGGACGAGCUGCUGUUCGGCCUGCGCCUGUCCGACUACUACAUCCAGACACCCGUGGUGGAGCGAGAGGCCUACACUGAGCUCAUCUCGCAGGUCUUCCAGGGCCGCAGGGAGCGCUUCGUCAGCGCCGACAGCCUGCUGGCAUCGUGGCGGUUCUGGACGCCGCUCCUGAGGAGCCUGGAGAAGGAGUUCCCGCGGCCGUACCUGGGCAGCCCCCACAACGCCAACCGACUCGACUUCCAGCUGCACGGACGCCAGCUGCGCUUCACCAGCCAGGACGCGGUCAACCUCAUCGGCCAGGAGAACACACACGAGAGCUUCCAGGUGAUGCACGGUAAGUUCCGCGGCGCGGACAUGGUGUCGGCGUGGCCAGAGGAGCUGGUGGAGCGUCUGGCCCGAGACAUGGAGGAGGCGGCGGAGGAGGCGGCGCUGUCCGGAUCCCCCUUCCACCUGGCGCUGUCCGGGGGCUCCAGCCCGCUGGCCCUCUUCAGACGCCUGGCGCAGCACCACCACGCCUUCCCCUGGUGGAACACGCACGUCUGGCUGGCCGACGAACGCUGCGUGCCGCCCGGCGAGCCCGACUCCAACUUCCUGGCGCUGCACGAGCACCUGCUGCAGCACGUGCGCCGGCUGCCGUACUUCAACAUCCACCCCAUGCCCGUGCUGCUCGACCAGCGGCUGUGCGUCGAGGAGGACGGCGGCGCGGGCGUGUACGAGCGCGACAUCGCGCGGCUGGUGAACGCCUCCAGCUUCAGCUACGUGCUGCUGGGCGUGGGCUUCGACGGCCACACGGCCUCGCUGUUCCCUGGCAACGCGCUGGAGCCGCACGGCGAGCGGCUGGUCACGCUGUCCGAGAGCCCCGUCAAGCCGCACCAGCGCAUGAGCCUGACGUUCGGCGCCAUCAACCGGGCGCGGCGGGUCAGCGUGCUGGUCAUGGGCAAGGGGAAGCACGAGCUGGUCACCCAGCUGAGCCGCAUCAAGGACGCCGCGGACCGGUGGCCCAUCACAAAGAUCCAGCCCACCAGCGGGAAGCUAGUGUGGUACAUAGACUAUGAAGCCCUGCUGGGGCAAUGAGUACGUUCCCUCGAUGUGUCGAUAAUAUGUCCCUGAGUGCGUUACAAUAUGCGACCUUGCCUCCUCCACUUGUGCUCGUCUCCUCGCCCCACCUCCUGGCCCCUCCUCCGUGGAGAAACCGAUAAAGUUUCCCAGCUGUCAGCCUAGCCACAACAACUUUUCAGGGACUGUUUUUCAUUCACCAUCCCAAUUGCAAAUGAGAAGAAGGCUUUACAAUUGAGUUUUUGCAAGAUAUUGAAAUAUAAUACUGUGGUCAGUGAUGUCAUCAUACAAGUGGAGGAGGCAAGGUCACAUAUUGGAACGCACUACCUGUCUGUGCUGACAAUCAGAUGUUAUGUGUUUGUUAUUAUGUGUGCUUAAUGUUUGCUUUUGACCAACUGAUAAACUCUUGAUGAUGGUGUUGUAUUUUUUUUUAAUUGUUUGCACAAAGGUGAAUUUUUAACCGUAUGAAUGAGAAGGCAAGUGGCUGACGAAUGUUACAUGCACUUCAACUGAACCACACCUGUUGCACUCAACAGUAGCUCCAGUGUCCUUACAAUACAAUCAAAUGAAUGCUGUACAGUCACACCAGGACACACCAGAGCAAAAGCGACCAAAGCCAACAGGAAGCUAUCGUCAAGAGCUCAUCUCAGAGCUGCUCGAGGUAGUUUGUCAACCUGGGGCAUUCCAAGAUAUGAACAUUCUCUUCUUACCUUUCCGUUGUAAAUUAUUUUGGUCAGCAGCACCCUAAAAGAAGAGAAAACUCCUGUUUGGGUGAAGCCUGCUCCAACCUUUAUGAAGAUAAGAAACAUUCCAAGAGGUUUUCGCCAAACCAUGCCAACCAUGCUCAUUACCAUAAAGUGAACUGACUUUUAGCGGACUUCCACUGCAAUGAAUUCACUAUGGUCGAUUCCGGUCUGUUCAGUGUCUGCUCGGUUUACAUACCAUUCGCAUUACAAUCUCAGGUAGGGGAGGGGGUAUUAUAGAUGUUAUUUGGAAUUCAGGUGUAGUUCAUUUUAUAGAACUUGAAUCAACCAUGAACUUUUUGGAAGUAUUAAUUCACAAAUGCUGGAUACAGAGGUCUUUUCAUGUGUUAAUCAAUAUCUGUAAAAAAAAAUGUGCCAAAUUGUUUAUAAAUUCUUUGAAAUAUUAGUUAUACACGUAAUCAGUCAGGAAUGUGAUUUUCUUUCCUGAUCUUUUUUUUUUUUUAAAUUGUGUACCCACAUCAUCUUUAUUCUGCCUUUUUAAAGAGGGCGUGAAAUGUACAAUAUGUCGAACGAAAAACAGCAACUACUAUGUAGGCAGCAGAUGAAGCGGGCUUAUCAAAGUAAUGUGUCUCGACCAGGGGUGUCAAACUUAGGUGCCAUUUCCACGUAGCUGGAUAUUUUUAUAUGUGGAUAUUUUUUUCUCCUGGUUGCAUUGGUUUUGCAUUGGUUUUGGCCUUCCGUUUCCACGUAGCAGAUAUUUAAAAUCCAGGUAUAAAAAGCAGGAGAAAAAAAAUAUCCUAGUUUAGGGGGCUGAAACGCAUUAGUUACAAUGGAGGAAUUAUUUUUAUCCACAUGUUGCAUUUACACGUAAAAAGGAGAAACAAAUACCCUGCUAAAAAAAUAUCCUUCUAAAAAAAUAUCCUGCAUAUACAUAAACAAUAAACAGCACCUCGUUUCGGUUCAGGGGCCACAGCCAAUUUGAAAUAUCAUACUUUUCAGAUUCACAUUGGAAUCCCAUUGCUGGUCUAUCAUUUUGAGAUGAAUGACAGUGACGACCAUUGACUGUGGGCAUUUCUCAAAACCUAGUGCAGUGCACUUCUAAGUGUAUUGGCCUAAUUAGUCACGCCCAGUGAUUGGAUACUCUUUCGUGAACUCUACAGAAUAUCCAAUCACUGGGUGUGACUAAUAAAGGGUAUCCAAUCACUGGGAGGGACUAAUUAGGCUGAUACACUUGGACGUGCACUGCACUAGGUUUUGAGAGAUGCCCUGUGAGUGACGAGCAAAAAAAGUACUGAAAACCUGAAAUCUCAGACACCUGCUGCAACUUUGUAAUGGGCUAGAGAUUUACUUCUUUUUCUCUACAAGAACCAUCUGCCGGUACGGACCUUGCCCACGGGCCUUUUGUUUGACACCCCUAGUCUAGACAAAAUGUUGGAACUGAGCAAAGUAGUAAUGCCUCUUUUCCACUGCUGAUUUUCUGGUAGGCCUACAGCUGGACACAGAGCGCCUUGGCCGCCACUUUUUGCAUCACGAUUAAGCUGUGUCGUGCCUAUUCGAAAAGCAAAAAGUGGCGACUGAGUCAGGCUUUGUCGAGCUACAGGCCUACCAGUGGAAAAGAGGCAUAAGUGUACAAUCUUAGAUCGGGGGCCAAAAAAUUACCAGCCUAUCAACACCACUGUGGCUACUCAAAAAAUGUAUUACCUGGAAAUAUUUCCACUCAUUUAUCAGAUGAAGGAUUGGGAAGUCUCUGUGAGAAUACUGUGAAUAAUGUGUCUGAGGGAAUGAAAACAUAAUGUUACUCGGAGCGCUGUAAAGAGGACAGGGGCCGCCGGGAUGUAAAUUCGGUUCUUCUAUAACUGUCAUACCCCACAAAAGUUUUGUGAGGGCCCGCACCCCUGAAAGUCUUGGUUGGCAGCUGCAGCUUUUCAAACUUGCCUCAUUUUCAGUGCAGAAGUUUAGUGCACCAUACUGCUGCUUUAUUACCACCUCUUAAUUUCUUGGCUUGCUGAAAUUUUGACUCUAAUGCCUCUUUUCCACUGACGGUUUUCUGGUAUGCCUACAGCUCGACACAAGCGUGACUCGGCUGAAACUUUUUGCUUUUCCAUUGGGACCGACACUAUUCAAUUGAAGACCAAAAAGUGGUGGCAGAGUCUGGCUGUGGUCGAGCUGUAGGCCUACCAGAAAAUCGGCAGUGGAAAAGAGGCAUUAGCCUUCAUCAGAGUCUGCUUAAAGCGGAUGCAUUAGCACCCUAAAAAAUGAAAUGGUGGUUCCUCAGACAAGUGCCUUUCCAAGAGACAUGGGUAUACUGGUACAUGACGGUUGUUGUAAGUGUGGACCACAUUUUCGAAUGUUGUAAGACUGCAUUGUACUGUACAUACAUAGUAACAGGGAAAUGAUGGUACUGUACUUGGUUAUUAUACACCUUGAGUCUUAUUUCACACUUUGAAUAUAUUCCAUUUUACUUGGGUACCAGAUUUCUGAUGAAUAAAAUCAAUUUUUGAUAUUUUCCUUUA